CUUCAAGCUAAAUCAUAGCAGUCGCCAGUGUUUUUAUCUGUCACUUCCAAUCGCUCGGCAUAUUUGAAUUCGCCCCAAUUCGGACGGCCAAAAUUUGGAACGCUUGCGAUGGAUAGCAUAAGUCUGACAGAUUUGAGACGCUGCUUUUUUGGCCCUACCUUGGAUGAAAGCGUUCUGUACGGGAUCGAGUGCUUGGGGUAUUUCUUUGGUUGGAAAGCCACAAUAGACCAGCGAGAGCAUGGUUCGGUUCCAAGUAGACCGAUUAGUGAUGUACAAUUGUACAAAUCAUGUUCCGAUGAGAGCAUUGAUAAAGGUACGCCUAGUUUGAACAGCGAACAACGGGAAAACGAAACGGCGAGAAAAUCGGAUGAUAUUUCAAACCAUGAUCCAUUUCCAUCCGCUACCGCUGUUGUGAAGCAGGAAAAACUGGAAAGUUUCUCACAGGAAGAUAACAAAAUCGGUAAGAGGCGAAGCAUAAUAUCUAAAUCGUCUUCCAAAGCGUCAUCAAAAUCAUAUCAUACGGCUAAACUUCCUUCAUCCUUCGAACAGAGCACCCGAACCAAUUCACUUUCAAGCGAACGCGGCAAAACUCUAGAGAAACUGAAAAAGAAUCAAACAAACAGCAUAAUACUUGCAGAAAAAUAUAAUCUUUCCAGGGGAAAACCGGAGAGUAGCCAAUCCCCCCUAGGAUACUCGACCCCGAGGUCCUCAUUGGCUCCAUCAAUGAAAAUGAGCACCAGGUUGGUGCGAACCAGAAUAGCCAUCGCGCGAGUAAACGAAUUUGAUGACAACGCAAAAACUUAUGAGAUCCUGCAACUGGAACCAUCUUCUGUAGCGCCCAUAAUCGGUGGCUCACUGAAAAAGGCCAAAACGGAAAUUGUAUUCGCCACCCUGCCAGACGGCUCCACCAUUUCUUAUCAGGGUGAAAUAAAAGUAAGUGCUCAACAUUAACGCAUUCACUUGAUUUGAUCUAACAUCAUUAAAAUUUAUUGAGAGUUGCUGUGAUGCAAAAAUAAAUUAGAACGAA